UGCGUGCUGGUGGUCCUGUAAACAACACUGUUCCAGAUGACAGGCAGGCUCCUUGACACUGAGAAACCAGAAUGAAAACUGUGGCAGUGGUCAGGACGGACUCUGACCCAGAGCCGUUCAAGUGGAAAGCCAGCAAAGGUUAGCCGAAGGACAAAAUGCUAAAGGUCAAGUUUUCUUUCUCAAUUUUGCAUUUCACAUUUUAAGAGGUGAUUCACAUAUAGGAAGAUUAAAUUUUAGAAACAGGUCAUUAUGAUCAUUUUCAAUGGCAUAAUUUUCAUGUCUUCAGCAAUACUAGUUCUGCAAAUGUUUCCAUUGUGCAGUAAAAUGCUUACACGUUGUGGAAAGAGUUAAUCCACGGGUACUAAUGGACUUCCUGAACCUUCCUGUUUCAGAAGAGGGAGAUUGGAAACACCGAUCAUGAAUUGGGGAAACGAUAGCGCCCCCCAGGAGUUCGUUCUGUUGGGUUUCUCAGAUCGGCCGUGGCUGGAGUUCCCGCUCUUUGUGGUCUUCCUGGUCUCCUACAUCUUGACCAUCUUUGGCAACGUGACCAUCAUGCUGGUCUCCCGCCUGGACUCCAAACUCCACACCCCCAUGUACUUCUUCCUCACCAACCUGUCACUCCUGGACCUCUGCUACACCACAAGCACGGUCCCGCAGAUGCUGGUAAAUUUACGCAGCACCAGGAAGACAAUCAGUUACGGCGGCUGCGUGGCCCAGCUCUUCAUGUUUUUGGCCUUGGGAGCCACUGAGUGUGUUCUCCUGGCGGUCAUGUCCUUCGACAGGUUUGUGGCCAUUUGCCGGCCUCUCCAUUACUCAGUCAUCAUGCACCAGAGGCUCUGCCUGCAGCUGGCAGCUGCAUCCUGGACCGUUGGCUUCGUCAAUGCGGUGUGGUUGUCUGCCCUGACUCUCUCGCUGCCACUCUGCGGCCCCUAUGUGAUAGAUCACUUUCUCUGUGAAGUCCCUGCGCUGCUCAGGUUGUCCUGUGUUGACACAACCACAAAUGAGGCGGAACUAUUCCUGGUCAGUGUGUUCUUCCAUCUGCUACCCUUGACACUCAUCCUUACAUCAUAUGCCUUUAUUGCCCAAGCCAUCCUGAGAAUCCAAUCUGCUGAAGGUCAACAAAGAGCAUUUGGGACCUGUGGCUCCCACCUCAUUGUGGUGUCACUGUUUUAUGGCACAGCCAUCUCCAUGUACCUACAGCCGCCUUCACCCAACUCCAAGGACCGGGGAAAGAUGGUUUCCCUCUUUUAUGGAAUCAUUGCGCCCAUGCUGAACCCCCUGAUAUAUACACUUAGGAACAAAGAGGUAAAGGAAGCCAUACGAAGGCUGGCUACUAGAGUCUUCAUCACGAAAUAAGGAAACGUGCACGUGAGAGGACGUAAGGUCUUGCAGGGCCCCCACCCCUCGCCGUCUGUGUCCUGACCUAAACCACAAGAGGUUUGGCAGCUCUGGGGCCCACCAGUUGGGGGUUCUUCCCAGCAGGAAUGAGUGCAAGCCAGGACUUGGUCAUCCUCAGGCACUGAUAUGGAGGUUUAGUUUGUUGCUGAAAACAGUGAGAAACUGUCCUGGCUCUGAGCCAAAAUUCCUUAAACCUGCAUGUGGUCUCGUACCUGACCCUUCCCUGCAGACACACCCAGAGAGAACACCUUUCUCCCGCCUGCUCUGUAAGUUCCUCUAACAAAAGCUUUGGAUCAGUCAUCUUGGCGGUCACUUCUUUCUUUGGGAUCCCAACUGGCUCGAUCCUGUGGAAUAUCCCUGCGUCUGCUUUUGGGGCAAACUCAGUUGCUGUUUGGGCUGCCAGGACCAAGCAGCUGGUGUAGUCAGCAGGAUCCAAAAACCAAAAGUAAAAAAAAAAAAAUUAUAGGUGACUGAUGUUAUGACUCCCCAGGGGUCUACAAUAAAAUUGUGGUUUGGAGUUGGGGUCUUGGUAGAAACCUCUACUGGUCAGCCUUUUAGAGAUUGCGAUUUUAUUUAUUUUCAGUUUGUUCACUUAUUUUUUUUUUUUUGAAAUGCAGAGCAGAGCAACAGAGAGAGAGAGAGUUGUAGAUAAAUAGAUACUGCUAAACUGUUUUCCAAAAAAGCUACACCUUUUUGCAUUCUCACUGCCUCCUUGAGAACACUUGGCAAUGCCUGUCUUUAUCACAGCCGUUCUGUUGGGUUCGAAGUGGUAUCUCCUGGUUUUGCUUUCACUUCUAGAAUGAUUCAUGAUGUUGAACAUUUUUGCAUAUGUUUAUUGGCCAUUUCUGUAUCUUCCUUGGACAAAUAUAUAUUCAAAUCAUUUGCUCAUUUUUAAAACUUGGUUUAUAUUUUUAUUGAAUUGUAGGAAUUCUUUACACAUUUGGAUACAAGUCUCUUGUUGGAUAGGUGAUUUGCAAAGACAUUCCCUCUUCCAUACUUUCGAUUUCUUGAUGAAAUUUCCUUUGAAGCACCAAAGUCCUCGAUUUUGAUUAAGUCAUUUUAUCUAUUUUUUCUUUUGUUAUGUGUGCUAUUACAAGAGUUGUUUGUGAAAAAGCUACCAUGUACUCUAAAGCUAUAAUACAUGGAUUUUCCUGUAGCGUCCUAAACUUUCAGCUUUUACAGUUAGGUCUCUGACCCGUUUUGAUAACUUGACAUGGUACACAUAAAUGCUAUGUUGCUGUGACAGACUGGGAAGCGUAAAAGAUACAUGUUGUGUAGAGUGUGACGAAGGAGACCUACAUGACUCUUAUAGAUGCAGAUCUCCACUAUCCUGGAAAACACCAUUAUUUCCCCAUUGAAUUAUCCUGGCACCUUUGUCAAAAAUGAACUGAUCAUAAAUCUAAGAGGGCACUUCCAGACUCUUGGGUCUACUCCACUGAUGCAUGUUUUUACUUUAUGAGUGUAGCACGCUGUCUAUAACUGUGGCUCUGUACAGCUGGAGAUUAGCAAGUGUGAGUCUUUAAUCUUUGUUAACCCUCUGCAUCCUUUGCAUGUACAUAUGACUUUUAGGAUCAAUUUGUCAGCUUCUGUGACUUAAAAAAAGCUACUAUAAUUUAAAAAAAAAAGCCGGGGAUGAUUUUAUGAGGGAUUGCGCUGGGUCUGUAACCAGGGUGUGGAGUUUUGUCAACAUGACGAUCGGAAGUAUUCUCAGUAGUGAGUGGGAGAGGUCUUUCCCUAGUUACAACUCUCAUUUCUUCCAGCACUGUUUUAUAGUAAUGUGCUUCAUUUAACCGAGCUCAGGUCAAACUUCUCCACCGGUUUCAAGACUGCCAGACUUGGCUCUGAUGCAGCUAAGCUUGGAAUCCCUAAAUCUCAGUGUCACACACUCCACGGUCUGGCCAGGAAUCAGUUGUUUCUCUUGGAUAGACUAUUUCAGUCUGUUUCGUGGCUUUUACUUAUUUAAGGAGUUCUGAAAUGCUUGAAUUUAGUUGUUUUCCUCAAAAUGUGUCAUGGUUGAGUGGAAGAGCUAGUUUACUGUUUCUCACUUUGCCAUUCCAGAAGUCAGUCAACUUCAUUUUCUUAACAGUGUCUUGAAGAAUAAUCAUUUGCCAAUUGUUGCCUUUUGACUGGUAGGCUUAAUCCAUUUACAUAUAAUAACAUUUAUAUCCUCCAUUUUGCAAUUUCUUAACAAAUAAAGACAAAGCAAGAAAACUCAAGUAAGAGAAGUUCAACAGGACACACUGGGAGAUUCCAUCUCUGCUUUACAACUGGGGCUCCAGUGAGUGAUGAAAUCUCACUGAAAAGCUACGCAGGGGCUGGCCUGUUGCACAGCGUGUUAAAGCUGGUUCGAGUCCUGGCUGCUCCACUUCCAAUCCAGCUCUCUGCUGUGGCCUGGGAAAGCAGUGGAAGAUGGCCCAAGUCCUUGGGCCCCUGCACCCUUGUGGGAGACCUGGAGGAGGCUCCUGGCUCCUGGCUUCAGAUCAGUACAGCUCUGGCAGUUGUGGCCAUCUGGGAAGUGAACCAGUGGAUGGAAGACCUCUCCCUCUCUCUCCCUCUCUCUCUAUCUCUCUCUUUUUCUCUGUAACUCUGCCUCUCAAAUACAAAAUAAAUCUUUUAAGAAAAACUGAUAGAAUUGAAAAGAGACAGGCAAAUCCAAAAUUAGGGUUGGAAACUUGAACACUGCACUCUCAGUAGCCAGCAGCACCAUUGGAAACACAGUAGAAACGCAAACGAGUUCAUCCACACAACCACCGACAGCAACGAACACCCAUGGGGCUCUCCAGCCAAGCACAGGAGGAUCCGCGUUCUGCUCUGGUACCCACGGAACGCUGACCACGUGUCCCAGUCAGGUCCAGCAGCUGUAAGAACAUACCAUGAACUGGGUGGCUAACCCACACAGCAGCUUACUUCUCACAGCUCUGGAGGGUGAGAAGCUCAGGACGAAGGUGUUUGUAGAUGCAGGGUCUGGUGACAGCGUAUGUCCUGCUUCCAUGAUAGUGCCAUCCUCUGUGUUCACAUGUGGUAGAGGGGAUAAACAAGUUUCUGUGGUCCUUUGUUACGAGGGCACAAAAAUCCCGUUCAGAAGGGUCUCACCCAGGCCGGCGCCGCGGCUCACAAGGCUAAUCCUCCGCCUUGCGGUGCUGGCACACCGGGUUCUAGUCCAGGUCGCGGCGCCGGAUUCUGCCCCGGUUGCCCCUCUUCCAGGCCAGCUCUCUGCUGUGGCACUCCCUGGCCCAAGUGCUUGGGCCCUGCACCCCAUGGGAGACCAGGAGAAGCACCUGGCUCCUGGCUUCGGAUCAGCGCGGUGUGCCGGCUGCGGCGGCCAUUGGAGGGUGAACCAACGGCAAAGGAAGACCUUUCUCUCUGUCUCUCUCUCUUACUGUCCACUCUGCCUGUCAAAAAAAAAGGAAAAAAAUAAGGGUCCCACCCUCAUAAUCUCAUUCCCCCCACCCGAGGGAAGGUGGGAUCUUAUGGAGGUUAGGAUUUGUGUUAAAAAAGCUAAAAUAAGUGAGAUAGGGGCAGGUGCUGUAGCGUAGCAAGUAAAGCCGCUGCCUACAGUACCAGCAUCCCAUAUGGGCUCCAGUUCGAGUCCCGGCUGCUCCCCUCCCAAUCCAACUCUAUGGCCUGAGAAAGCAGUAGAAGAUGGCCCAAGUCCUAGGGCCCCUGCAUCCAUGCUUCGGAUCAGCGCAGCUCCAUCUGUUGCGGCCAACUGGGGAGUGAACCAGAAGAUAGAAGACCUCUCUCUCUGCCCUUCUCUCUCGCUGUGUAACCCUGUCUUUCAAAUAAAUAAAUCUUUAAAAAGAAGAAGUGAGAUAAGCAAAGAGGUUCUGUUUCCACAUCUGGUUUGGCCUUUGUCUGUUUAUGUCUCACAUUUAGACCCCGAAGCCUCUGUAUGGUGCAGUGAUCCCAAAAUGAAGAACGCAUAAUUGGGCGAAGGAACCCAGAGAAGAAGGAGGCGUGGCUUCACUUCUCACUUUCAAUGAAACACCGGCAGAUUGAAACAGUGGCAGAUUCUGUGCCACUCAGCACUGCAACCUUGGACUUCGCAGGGCUGGAGGUGCCGAUCCUGUCACGGGGAAUAUUCUCGCCACGGGACAUGGAAAGGGUUGCAUGGAACCACAAAUCCAAGCUGUGACUGCCGUCAGGAUACUUAAGACUUCCUGUGUCCACAGACCAGCAGAUCAGAAGAGCUGCCAUGGGGGGAAGGCCACAGUCGUCCACACCUCUUGGCAACCAUGCCCUGUGCAAUCCCUUUCCCUUGAGUAUAAAGUAGAAGUUGGGUUCUGGCCUUUAUCCUGGGCGCUCUUUCUCUGUAGAUCAGAACUGGGCAGGAAGCCAGCUGCUGUAUCAUGCAGGAGCCCUGUGAAGAGGCCAAGUGAGCAAGCUUGCAAGUGAGUUGUCUGAGGCCGGAAACCCACAUAAUGCCUUAAGGUGCUUGUAGCUCCAGGCAACACCUUGGCUGCAGCAAUGAGAGACCUGGAGCCAGAAGAGCCCACCCAAGCAGUGUUUUUUGCUCUCAGCGGCUCAGUUUUUGGGUGCUCUGUGAAGCAGCAAUAGCUAAUUACUGCACCAUAGCCAGAGUAACCGACCCAGGGCCAACAGGGGGAGAAGAGCUGACUUCAGACAAUAGGGCCAGGGAAGAAUCCACGUGGAACGCAGAUGGCCCUUGGGCUACCUUCUGAUACAUCUUCCCCUACAGUAACUGAGCAGACCCGUCAUUACCAAGGCAGCAGAACUUUAGAAAUGAAGGUCCCAGCCACUCUCCCAGGCCAGCAGCCGAGACCCUGGCGAGGGCAGAGGGGAGACUGGGAGUGACCUGAGGCACUCCUGGAAGAGGGAAAGAACGAGAACCUGCUGUGGCCUGAGACCAACCACAGCAGUGAGGCUGUUGUUUCUCUACUCAACCCCUCGUGCCACAUGGGUUCUGCUCGCCAAGAUGUGCAGAGAAUCAGCAGUGAGGGCCGCAGGACGGCCUGUGCUGACCGUGACACUACAGGAGGGUCAAGGCCUGUGCACCUCCCGUCGUUAGGGGCCAGCCUCUGGCGCUGCUCUGAAGUGCAAGGUGUUUCACGCCUAACUGUUAGGUAGGAAGUUAGAUAUGAGCUUAUGUGUGUGUGACAGGCCUAAAGAGAAGACUUCUUUUUUUUUUUUUUUUUUUGACAGGCAGAGUGGACAGUGAGAGAGAGAGAGACAGAGAGAAAGGUCUUCCUUUGCCGUUGGUUCACCCUCCAAUGGCCGCCGCGGUUGGCGCGCUGCGGCCAGCGCACCGCGCUGAUCCGAUGGCAGGAGCCAGGAGCCAGGUGCUUUUCCUGGUCUCCCAUGGGGUGCAGGGCCCAAGCACCUGGGCCAUCCUCCACUGCACUCCCUGGCCACAGCAGAGGGCUGGCCUGGAAGAGGGGCAACCGGGACAGAAUCCGGCGCCCCAACCGGGAC